AUGGAUACUCGGGAGCUUGGCUUCGAGAUUGCGUUGAAGAUUUUGGGCAGACACACAGCCACGCUGGUGGAAGAAGCGAAAGAGAUGAAAACCAGGUACGACAAGGUCCAGAAGUCAGGUGGCCCUGGCGCUAAGUCUGUCUUGCGAACUAUCGAACAGGCAACUCGUCAGCUCGACAAGAGAAGGGACGAUUUCGCCGAGCGAGUGACGGCUUUCGAAGCGGAAGCGAAGGCAUGA